CUCAGUCAUCGCUUCCAGCUCUCGACAUCUUCCCAAAGGCAUCACUCCACACGGGAGAAAAAAAAGUAAAUCUGUCUUUGGACAUGUAUCAGGCUGAACACUGGGAUUGAGAUUUCUUUUGUGUUUCGAUCAGCUUGGUUCUUUCUGGAGAGAAGCUGGGGGGAGACUGUAAGAAUUGUCUUUACAUGUUUGUCUUGAAACACCAGAAUCGGUUCAAAUACGGUAGUGGAUUUCGAGUGGAACUGAAUUGCAGCAGUAAUAGCCAUGAAAACUAUCGCUGUGAGUUCUAGCAUGGACCUGUACAGGAACAAUGAGAUCCACACAUAUCAUCGUAUCAGUGCUGCACCAACAAACUGCAAGGAGCAGAAAAGGCUUCGCUAUUCAAUACCUCCUGCCCAAACUCCGAAAGGCAAACACUUGUUGGCCUAUCUCCCAAGGAUUCCAAUGGACUCAGGUCAAUAUGGAACGUUUUCAGUAAAGCCAGAAACCAAGUUGAUAGAAACAUUGGGAGAGAUUCCAAAAUCUCCACAACAUAGAGAUUCCUCAUCGUCUGGAAGAACGAGCAUUAUGUCAAACCUCAAACCAUUGGCUGGCAGAGAGAAUCGCGAGACACAAACAACAAAUGACACAUCAUCUCUGUAUUUAGAUUUCGGUCCAGACACAAACUGCUCACCAGCUGCCCCCACCGCAAACCCCAAGCAGAAACUAAGUGUGGCCAUCAAUGUGGAUGAGCAUUCCAGGCACCGUCGGAUAUAUUACAGGGGCUCAAAUUUGCAAGACGUUAAUUCCAAGACGUGGUACCCAAGGCAUGCUGGCAGCUUACCCAAUCUUCCAAACAAUUCUCGGAAUUUACGUGUUUCAGCAAAAAGCGUCUUAUCUUACCCCGGAUCUCCAAAGCAAAGGUGCAAACUGAUGAAUGACAACCAGCACCAGUUCAUGUUUCCAUAUCAGCAGAAGCGACAGCGUUAUGUGAUGAAAGAUGGGAAAUGCCAAGUCAAUCUUGGACACAUUGAAGAGAAGCACAAGUUCCUUUUUGACAUUUUCACUACUGUAGUAGAUUUGAAGUACCGCUGGUUUCUCUUUGUCUUCAUGAUGUGUUAUCUUUUGACUUGGGUGACUUUUGGGUUUUUGUACUUCCUGGAUGCAUACAUUAGAGGUGAUAUUAACCAUGUAGGUGAAACUGAUUGGAAACCUUGCUUAGAAAAUGUGGAUGGCUUCAUUUCUGCCUUACUGUUAUCAAUUGAAAGUCAAAGGACAAUUGGCUAUGGGUCUCGCAUGGUAACAUCGAAUUGUGCAGAAAGUGUCAUUUUACUCAUAGCUCAAUGCAUCGUUGGUUCGAUGAUUGAUGCCAUGAUGGUGGGCUGUGUGUUUGUGAAGAUCUCUCGUCCCAAGAAGCGAGCCGAGACUCUGAAGUUUAGUAAAUAUGCAGUGAUAUCGCACAGGGAUGAUGAACUUUGCUUGAUGUUUAGAAUUGGUGACCUGAGGGAAAGCCACAUGGUUGAUGCAAAACUGAGGGCCAAACUCAUCAAAUCCAGACAAACAAAGGAAGGUGAAUUCAUACCUCUAGAUCAAACAGAAAUCAACCUUGGCUACGACACAGGGAAAGACCGCCUGUUCCUGGUAGAACCCCAGACCAUUAGCCACAUCAUCAAUGAGAACAGUCCAUUCUGGGUAAUGUGUGCUGAGUCAAUGAAGAGGGAACAGUUUGAAAUUAUUGUAAUUCUGGAAGGCAUAGUGGAAUCCACAGGAAUGACCUGCCAAGCGAGGACUUCCUAUAAAGAAGAUGAGAUCCUCUGGGGCCACCGGUUUGAGUCUUGCAUCCUCUUAGAGAAAGGUGCAUUCCGAGUUGAUUACACCAAGUUUGACAAGACAUUUGAGGUACAGAUGCCACCAGGCAGUGCCAAGGACAUGCAUGAGGCAAAAGAAAUAGAGAAAACAUACCUGUCCUCACUCCGUUUGUACUGGGAGAAUCUGAACCAUUCCUGUGCCAAAGAGCAGGGCCAUAGUUUGACUGAGAAUUCCAAUAUUAUGGAAGAGAAUAACAUGGAAGAUGUGGGGAAUGACUAAAGAUUGCAAUUUUCUUGUAAUUAAUUAAAAUAGCAUUCUGAAACCAGGAGGAUAUUGAAGAAUCUGGAGGAUAUCGAAGAAUCUUUAAAGCCACUGAGGAUCAGAGUAGAAAUAAUUACUCUGAACUUGACUAAGACCUUCAGCAAGAUCUACAUAGGAAAGGAAAUGGAGCAUUGUUAUUGCAAAGUCUGCAAUACUGGUAUAUAUUGGAAACAAAGGUCUAAGGUUGAAAGAUUGCUAAGUAGGGUGGGUAGAUAUUCUAAUUUUGCACUUAAUGGAUUAUUGGGAGUCAUUUUGAGGAUAUGAUAAGAAACCACAAAUAAGAUGGCAAGUGGUUUGUGUAAACAUUUGACUUGUUGGGCUGAAUGGCCUUUCCUCAUUC